AAGAAAAAACAGAGAAUUUUUUUUAAUACUUACCAGCUCAUUCCUGUUACCGGCCACAAGCUUAUAAAAUGCAAUGCACAGCAGGAUAUGAAAAGAUAUAGACUCACCAAGUGACGCAUUUGAUGAACGACAACUCCUAUCCUUUGGUUUCUGCUUAUUUGUAAUAAUACUCCGUGUGGAACGAAAGAUUUAUAUGCAACCAGAAUGGUGCCCAUCACAGAAACAGAACAGUUUGAAAAUUGUUGGAUCAAUACUGUUCAAAGACCCUCGUACCUUCAACUACUUAUGUCAUCCGUUCGGUACGAUUCAAUGCCAAACGGGUGGAUAGUGGAAGAGGAGCUCCUUUUUGGAAAUGGCGCACUAGAUAAAGGUAAAUCGACAUCUUUCUACGAAGAUUAUGUUUUGUAUGGUGUUAAGGACCAUCCCAGCGUAGGAAAAACACAACUGCUAAACAAACCUGUUACGAUGGUGGACGAGGUUCGUCAGACCGAGAAGCCAGUUUGCAGCAGCUCUAAUUGUCUCUUUAAUUCCGUGCCUUCUGCAAACUACGAUAGCAAUAUUCCAAACCAAGUUCUUCAUGAGUUCGACUUUGAUCUCAAUGAAGAUUAUAGUCAAAAUUUUAAUAAAAAUCAUAUUGGUCCCUCAACACCGAAUGAACAAGAAAGAAAAACCGUGCAAAACUGGCAUAGAAGCAAUUCAAGGAUAAGAACCGACCAGGAAUCUGCUGGCUUAGUGCCUGCCACAAGGGUCGAAGAAUCUUCUGGCAUUGGGUUACAGCCCUACCCAAAGUGUAAGCGGAUGCGUAGAUCAGAAUCACAAACCCGACUUGACUGGUUGCCUGAAGGCUGGGAAAUUGAACAAAAAGAAAGAAAAAACGGUGCUUCCGCUGGUAAUUUCGACAAGUACUAUGUUGAGCCGGCUCAAGAAGGGAGACGCCGUAGGAAGUUUAGAUCGAAAAAUGAAGUGCUAGAAUUCCUGGAAACAGGAAGAAGGAGACCCUUGACUUCCACCAAAAGGAAGGCUAAUGUGGAGAAGCAGGGGCUGCCCUCGUCAACCUCUAAUGCAUCAGAAGCAAUUUUGGCAUUUUUGAUGGGAAGGAGAAUGUAGAAUGGUUCAACAUCAGAUCAAAAAAAAAAAGCUUAUUGAAACAGAGUGGAGAAAAGUAUGCAAAAAGUAGAACAGGAUAACAACGUAAGUAUGUUGCAUCUAAUUUAGUCGCUUAGCUGCAGACGAGAACCGCGAAGGAUAUUCUUAUACCAACCUUCAGGAUUUUGGAAGAAUGGCAGCACUCACAUCCUACUGGAAGAAGAGCAGACAACCCAGUCGAGUCAAAAGAAAUCAAACAAAGACGAGUCCAAGUUGUGCAAAUAAUGUCUCAAGGUUGAGGCCGCUGUAAUGCCUAUCCUACCUUGCCGUCCUUGCCCUUCAUUUUUUUUAUUUUUUUCAUCCUUGGUUUAUCAUGUACUCAUGAUCUUUAGUAAUAGAUACAUUGUGUUCAUC